ACCCUUCAGAAAAUGGUGCUGACUUCCGGCUGUCAAAUUUUUCUUUCUUUCCUAGCCACGACGAGGUCGACAGCAUGAGUUCUCUAAAGCUCCAGAAGAGGCUCGCAGCCUCCGUGCUGCGAUGCGGCAAGAAGAAGGUCUGGUUGGAUCCCAAUGAAAUCAACGAGAUCGCUAACACAAACUCGCGUCAGAACAUUCGCAAGCUUAUCAAGGAUGGUCUGAUCAUCAAGAAGCCCGUCGUGGUCCACUCCCGUUACCGUGUGCGCAAAAACACCGAGGCCCGCCGCAAGGGACGUCACUGCGGAUUCGGAAAGCGUAAGGGUACUGCGAACGCCCGCAUGCCUACCAAGCUGCUGUGGAUGCAGCGCCAGCGCGUUCUGCGCCGCCUGUUGAAGAAGUACCGCGACAGCAAGAAGAUUGACAGGCACCUGUACCACGACCUGUACAUGAAGUGCAAGGGUAACGUAUUCAAGAACAAGCGCGUCCUCAUGGAGUACAUCCACAAGAAGAAGGCUGAGAAGCAGCGCAGCAAGAUGCUGGCUGAUCAGGCCGAGGCUCGCCGACAGAAGGUGCGUGAGGCCCGCAAGCGCCGCGAGGAGCGUAUUGCCACCAAGAAGCAGGAGCUCAUCGCCCUGCAUGCUAAGGAGGACGAGAUCGCUGCCAAGGCCGCCACCGCGGGUCACUAAGCAGUCCGACCUCGCUAGUCGAGGAACUCCAUAUUGAUAGUACUGUUUAUCGUCUGAAUAAAACACCUUUAGUUUGGCCGAAAUGAUUUUGUACAAACGUGAAACUCAUGCUUAUUUUUUUAAUGGCUUUCCCUGGGAGCAGUCGUAAGGGAAUUUGGUUGAAUGUGACUUGUUAAUUCUUAUUCCCUUAUGUUGCAUUUCAUUGUGAAUUCAGAUUAAAGACGGUGAUUAAAUUCAAAAUAUUCACUUCCCUCGUUUUAAUAUCCUCAAUACCCCACAACUUCAAAUGCUUAAAAAACUUUAAUAUAUUGGUUCUUGCGACUAGCUUUUUGUGAGAAGUAUUUUGGCAUUUAAUUCGUUAAUUAUGCCAGGUAAUGGAUUCAUUUUACAAGCAGCGUCAAUUAUUACUCAGAAGUUUAAUUGUUGUAUUAUCCUAAUAUAUUUUACUUUAAGGUUACCCAUAUUCCAAGCUUAACUGAAAAUAAGCUGGCCCUAACUAUGUAGGAUAACAAGACGUCCCCAAAGCUCUAGAAUUCUAUAUGCAUUUGUAUUCUUGAAUUUAAAUCCUAUGUAUAAUUUAAAUAAAAAGUCAAAUAAAUGUAUAGUAAUAAAUAACUGAUGAAAAAAGUAAAAAAGGUCAUGAAAAACCGCUAAUCUUUGAUGUAAAUGCCAAAU